AUGUUCGGUGGCGUCAAGUCUGGGAUUCAGCGCAGGAAGGGCGUGGUUUCCACUGUCCGGAUACAGACUGAGAAAAGACCAGCACCCCUCCCCUCCGUCGAGAGAGCGAGACAGCACACAUCUCAAAGACCUUCGCCGUCUCGAGAGUCAUCUGCUCGGCCAUCACCAUCUUCUGCAGCUGCCAGCCCAGCAACACCCGCAACACCCUCCUCCGACCCAAACGAAUCUUCCUCUUUGCGCCCUCCAAAGCGCAAAGCUGCCAGACAACUAUCUCCCAACGACAUGCCUAUCAUGUAUGACACAAGCGACGAGAGUAGUGACUCUAACAUCGACCUUGCCGAUCACAAGUCAUUUAAGAGGCAAAAGACGAACCGCCCGGAGGAUGAAAAACGACAGCUUCGAUCCAGGAAAGCCUUCUCUGAUGAGGACGGUGGAACUUUCGAUAUGAUACAUGCAGCGGAUCUGUGUGACAAGUCUUCCAAGGCGUCUUCGGGAAACGUUACAGUUGAGCUGAAGUAUCCUAGUGCUUCCCAGCUUGAAAGAUUUUAUUUGGACUUCGGCAAAGACAAAAUCGACUCAUUAGAAGAGAUCGUGAACGUUGCUAGGAUCGUUCGAGACGUUUACUUAACAAAGAAGCAGGCAAAGGGUUUUGCCGCAGCCAAUUCUGGUGUUAUCAGACAAUUGGAGAAAGCUCAAAAUGCCAUAACAUCUAUCAAGACAAAGAGAGUGGAUAUUCGUUUACUCGAAGACUUCAAAAAAGCGGUUGAUUUCUACAACGCAACAAUGACAAGUCUUCUCCGAGAAGGAGCUCUUGCCAAGAAUUUGGACGAGCUGCACCAUUUGCCAUUGGAGAUGGUCCAAUUCAUUCUACAGCAAGUUUACGACCGCGCUGUGUCACCCCAUGUGGAUGAUCUCCGGGUUUAUAAAGCAGGAUCCGAUGGUGUCUACGGGGAGCUUCUUUCGUCCUUUGUCUCCACAGUUCUGGGGAAGUGUGGGCUUAAGUCUGACCAAGUCUUCGUCGACUUGGGCUCGGGGGUUGGAAACGUUGUCUUGCAAGCAGCUCUGGAAUUUGGUUGUGAGAGCUGGGGUUGCGAGAUGAUGCCUAAUGCUUGCAGACUCGCGAGAAAGCAAGCUGCCGAGUUCAAGGCUCGUUGCCGCCUUUGGGGUCUCAAUACUGGUAAUGUUCGGCUCGAGGAGGGCAACUUCUUGAAGAAUGAAGCAAUCAUUGCAGUGUUGAGGAAGGCAGAUGUGGUACUUGUCAACAAUGAGGUUUUUGGGGAGCAGACAAAUAAGGACCUUGGGCUUUUGUUCCUCGACCUGAAGGACGGAUGUCACAUCAUUUCAUUGCAGUCAUUUGCACGUGGUAGCGCUCGUAACCACCACGACCCCGCCAACAUCAUUCAAAAUACCGACGACAGUCCUCUUCCUUUUGGUCCUCGUGAUGUCAGCUGGACAGGUCGCGGUGGAGACUAUUACAUCGCUACCAAGGAUGAAGCCCAUCUCGCUAGGAUGCGUGCCGCUAACGAGGGAUAG